AUGCCGGAGGGGCGCGUCCCCCGGCGGGGCAGCCCCGCGCCCCCCGCGCCGCCCCCCAGCCGCCGCCGCCGCCGCCUCGCCGCGAUGCCGGCGGGGCGCGGGCAGCCCGCCUCCUGGCUGCUGGUGCUGGGCGCCGCCGCCCCCGCCCUCUGGCUGCGCUGCGUCCUCGCCGACUUCACGCUGGACAACGAGGUGCACUCCAGCUUCAUCCACCGGCGGCUGCGCGGCCCCGAGCGCCGCGAGAUGCAGCGGGAGAUCCUCUCCAUCCUCGGCCUGCCGCACCGCCCGCGGCCGCACCUCCACGGCAAGCACAACUCGGCCCCCAUGUUCAUGCUGGACCUCUACAAUGCCAUGUCCGUGGAGGAGGGGGCGGCGGGGGCGGCGGCCGAGGAGGGCGAGGGCUUCUCCUACCCUUACAAACCCAUCUUCAGCACCCAGGGGCCGCCGCUGGCCAGCCUGCAGGACAGCAACUUCCUCACCGAGGCCGACAUGGUCAUGAGCUUCGUCAACUUGGUGGAGCAUGACAGAGAGUUUCACCAUCAGCGCUGCCACUACCGAGAGUUCAGGUUUGAUCUCUCCAGAAUCCCAGAGGGGGAAGCAGUGACGGCUGCCGAGUUCAGGAUAUACAAGGAUUACAUCCGCGAACGCUUCGAUAAUGAAACGUUCCAGAUUAGCGUCUACCAGGUCCUCCAGGAGCACCCAGGAAGGGAUUCUGAUUUGUUCCUGCUCGACUCCCGAACGAUCUGGGCUGCAGAAGAGGGGUGGUUGGUGUUUGACAUCACUGCAACCAGUAAUCACUGGGUGGUGAAUCCACAGCACAACCUUGGCCUGCAGCUAUCUGUGGAAAGCAUUGAUGGGCAAAGCAUCAACCCCAAGCUGGCAGGGCUCAUUGGGAGGCACGGCCCGCAAAACAAGCAGCCCUUCACGGUCGCCUUCUUCAAAGCCACUGAGGUUCAUCUCCGCAGCAUCCGCUCCACAGGAGGGAAGCAGAGGAGCCAGAAUCGAUCCAAAACACCAAAGAACCAGGAAGCUUUCCGGGUGUCAAACAUUGCAGAGAACAGCAGCAGCGACCAGCGCCAGGCCUGCAAGAAGCACGAGCUCUACGUCAGCUUCAGGGACCUGGGGUGGCAGGACUGGAUCAUCGCUCCAGAGGGCUAUGCUGCGUAUUACUGUGAAGGAGAAUGCGCUUUCCCAUUGAAUUCAUACAUGAAUGCUACAAAUCAUGCCAUUGUGCAGACACUGGUUCACUUUAUAAACCCAGAGACUGUGCCGAAACCCUGCUGCGCUCCCACCCAACUCAAUGCUAUCUCUGUGCUCUAUUUUGAUGACAGCUCCAACGUUAUCUUAAAAAAGUACAGGAAUAUGGUGGUACGAGCAUGCGGCUGUCAUUAGAUUUGUAGGAAAGAGUAAGAUUAUUCGUAAAGAGAGUUUUGUAUGGAUGUGUGGGGGAGGGGAAAAGUUAGCAGUUAGCACUGCAGCAAUGAGCUCAAAAAUCCCAGUUUUUAGGACUGGGCUUCUGAAAGUUCAGACAAUGGAGCAGUUUCUGGAUCUAAGUGGCAUUUGAACGCAUUUUGUUUUAGUUUAUUACAGACAAUGAGCUUGUAAACUGAAACAAGCCAGAGAAACCAUUUAAAACCAAAUCUGCCUACAAAAUUGGCUCCUACGACACAUACUUCUGCAAACGAGUCUUUCAGAAGAUUGCAAAUUCACCCAUGUUGAUUGUGAAUUAAAAAUUAAUAAUUAUCCAAAGUGAGAAUGUGCUGUGACUGUUGAGCAUGUGUAGUUCCUGUAACACAGUUUGCAAUAAAAAAAGUGAACAAAAUAUACCUGGAGUGAACAGGUAUUUUGUUAGAGAAUUAUUACUUCCAUCCCUCUGUUUGCUUCAGUUUCAUAAACAGAAGCAAUUUUAAUUGGAUGCAAGUUCCGGUUUUAAAUGGCAGGAGAAGAAGCUAUAUCUGAAUUGAAUGGAGUUCAAAAGGAUAAACCAGUCUCAGGAAAAGAACAUCAAUAUAGGCAAGCAAGAGAAGUGAAGAAAGUAACUCCAAAGAACAAGCCUUUUAGUAUACUUCAGUAUACUUUUUUUUUCCUCAAGGGAAAAGAAAUUCCCUGUAUGUGCUACGAAUUUGAAACAGGAAAGCACAACAUUAAGAAACAAUUUGGGAUUAAACCCAAUGCUUAGCUGAGGUACCCCAAUCAGCUAUGGAGUUGUGAAAGACAGCUGAAGAUCCUCCUCCUGUUUGGAUAAUAUCCAUUGGCUUCAAAGACAGAACAAAUUCCAACACCUUUUCAAAGACGUGGAGUCAGAAGGUGCUGUGAGCAGAGACAAACUGCCAGCACCACCCCGGCACAGCUAGGGACAUCGCAGGGGACAUUACUUCCCAGGGUCAGCGAUUACAAUAGAAGACACUGCUCUACUACUGCUCUCAUCUCUGAAAACAACAAACAAGCAAAAAAAACAAACAACAAAACCCCACAGCAAACCAACACUUUCAGAAGCCAGAUCAACAAGCUGGAACCAGGGACAAGAAACCACCCCUUUUCCUUCUUCUGAAAGCACAGGUUACACAAGCAUCACGUUUAUGUAAUUUAAACUCCAUUGAAGUCGUUCUGAUAAGAAUACAGAGUAGCAGUAACCAAUCACAGGCUGACUCAAAACUUGGGCAUACAUUAGAAUUACAAAAGCAGGACUGGCUUGAGUUUUACUAGAGAAAAAAAAGUUCUGUCCAAAUAAACACCAGGUCCUCAGCAAACCCAGCUCUAAAUCCUCAAGCUUCUAAAGUCUGGACCUCCAACAGAUGGGUCCAGAACAUCAUUAAGUGCCUGGACUUGGUUCUCAGUGUGCUGAGGAGAUGUGAUACAGCCGCAGGGGAACUCAGCCCCAGGUCCCUCCUUCGAGAAUGGAGAGAAAGAAGAUAACAGAGUGCAACCACGAGAAUUUGGAAAUCAGUCACUGCUCCUCUUCCUUUAGUCACAGACCAAAUCCAGACCAGAUGGCUCAUUUAAAAAGCAAACAAACAAGUAAAGGAAGAAAAAGAUUACCCUAUGAAAUAAAUUGGAAACUCGUUUCUGAUGGUCUAAUUCUAAUUGCAUUUAAGUCAAUUGGUGUUUUCCCAACAGUUCUCUCAGCAGCAGGAUUAGGCUUAUGGGACCGUGGAAGCCUCUCCACGAUACUGGUAGGCUUUGGAUCUCCAGACAUGCCCCACUUCCAAACCAGGCAACUCAGACACGUGCAGGAACGGCCCACACACCACACAGCUGCAGAGGACUUCCACCUGCAGCAAGGUGAGACUGACUGAGCUGUCACCCACAGCCACAACUGCUGCAGCCAAACACGUCUCCCUGGAGCCUGCAGAGAAGACCAUCUACAGCAGUCACGUCAAAACUGCCCUCAGGGCAUUUCUUAGAGGGAGGUAUUGAAAUCCUACAGGUCAGAAGCAUCCUUGGACGUUGUAUAUGUAUGUACACCAGUGUUUCUGUAAGCCUCCUAAAGGAAGGUAAGGUGCUACCUAGAAGUUAUGAGCUAAUCAGACCUAAACUUCCACUAUUUAGUAGUCAAGAGUUAGUUUUUCUCGCAACUGUUUCUGUGUUGGUGGUCACAGCAUUGAUGUAUUGCAUUUUUUUUCUUUUAACUUGGACUGCAGUAUCUUGCUGUAUAGGAUUCAUAUAUCAAAUAUUAUGUGGGGAUUGUUUGUUUGUUUUUUUCCACGUAAUAGGAUUCCUGUUGCUAGGCUUAACAUCAGCUUCACUGUUUGUACAUUUUUAUGUAAAUAGUUGUCACAAAGCAGAAGAAUUAUUUAUUUCCAUCUCUGAAUUCCUUUUCAAUCACAUCCAGGAAAAAUGAUUCUCAGUUCCUAAGCACAUUUGUUUCCUUAUUUAAGAAGAUAUUUAUUAACAGUUGGCAAAAAUGCAUACACAUUUCUGGUUCUUCUCAUAGAGCAGUUGUCAGAAGCCUUUUGUACAAACUAGUAAAAUAAAUCAUUGCAACUUUACAAAAG